UUUGCGUCGCCAUCUCCUUAUCGUGUCCGCUUCUCCUUCUUUUAAAGUCCUCCCCCCCCUCUUCAGACCACCACCACACUCCAGCCUUGCGGUGGCCUUCCUUGUGUUGCAUGCACUUCGGUAGUUCCCAGAUAGAAAACGAUGAAGAUCAUCUUCGAUUGGAUGCGUCGCAAGCUGCACCCCAGCGUCAAAUACUCCCAGGUUUCUCGAAAGAAAGAUGCUUUCGGCGGAGAUGACGAAGAGAAGCAGGAGGUGGUCUUCGAGGGUCUGAUGGAGAAGGAACCAUUACUGCUUCACGACGUCCUCGACGGCAUUCUCACCAUUGGCACGUUGGGACACCAAGGCAACUUUCUUUCUCGAUCCUACUCCAUCCAGGAAGACCAUCUCCUGCAGGAGGACGAAGCAGACACGGAGGUAGAGGAGAGAGAAGAAGGAACGGAAGUUGCGCCGGCCAUCAUCGAGUCAAUUAAGGUCAAACUACCUGUUGAAGCAGAGGUGAAAGAGGUGACGGUGGUGGUGAAAGACGUAGAAGAGUCCCCACUGCUGGAGGAGGACAAGAAGAAAAGAGAGCGGGGAAGGACGACGCUCGCCGAUCUGUUUGCUGCCGAGAAUCUCAACGAGGGAGCCAAUGCCAACCGUGAGAGGAAGAAGACAGCGAAGACAAAGAAACAGGAGAAGCGGACAUCACCCUGCACCGCCAAUGCCAAAGCCAAAGCCAACACCACCACCAACACAAAGCUACAGAAGCUGAUGACAAAAAUGUUGAAGAAGAAGAUCCAUCCAGAGAUUGCAGUGAUGCCCAAAUCAUCGGAAACACAGACCCAAGAAACAAGAAGCCACUGAUUUAAUGUAAGUCCGAUGCUUAAAUUGGCAGUAAAAAGAGCAUGAUAUAUGUCCAUCAUCAA